CGUGUGUUGUUGUCAGAGGCAAAAUGGCGGCGGCGGUGGCCGGGGCCGCCCUGCUGGGCAAGGGGCUGGACAUCAGCCUGGCGGCGCUGCAGCAGCACGACCCCUACAUCAGCAGCAUCGUGGACGUGGCCAGCCAGGUGGCGCUCUACACCUUCGGGCACCGCGCCAACGAGUGGGAGAAGACAGAUGUGGAAGGAACGCUGUUCGUUUAUACAAGAUCAGCUUCUCCAAGGCAUGGCUUCACAAUUAUGAACAGGCUGAGCAUGGAAAAUCGAACGGAACCAAUUACUAAAGACCUUGAUUUCCAGCUGCAGGACCCUUUUCUACUUUACAGAAAUGCCAGAUUGUCCAUAUAUGGGAUUUGGUUUUAUGAUAAGGAAGAAUGCCAAAGAAUUGCAGAGCUCAUGAAAAACCUAACUCAGCAAGAGCAAUUGAAAGCACAGCAGGGCACAGGAACAGGAGUGUCCCCUAUGGUCACGAAUUCUGCUAAUAACAAAGAAGUGGAUAUCUUACGGAUGCUUACCAAGGCCAAAGAUGAGUACACUAAGUGUAAGACCUGUUCUGAGCCAAAACAAAUAACUAGUUCCUCUGCAAUCUGUAACAACCCCAACCUAAUCAAACCAAUUCCAGUGAAGCCUAGUGAAAAUCAACAUCAACGAAUAUCUCAGCAAAGCAAGAAUGCGGAUCCUGAACCACAACACUUGUCUUUGACAGCCCUGUUUGGAAAACAAGAGAAAACAGAUGUCACAGAACCACUUAAUAAACAGCAUCAAGAGAACCUUCCUGUUAGGCAGGGUGUGGUACGUUCUCUGUCCUAUGAAGAACCUAGCAGGCAUUCUCCGUGUGCAGAGAAACAGCUUUGCCCUGCUAUUCAAAAGCUGAUGGUGCGUGGGACAGACCUUCACCCGCUUGCUGAGUUUCCUGAGAACCGACUCUGUGAAAAUGGCAAUAUCCACCCUGUGGGUGAGACUUUCACAGGACUCUUCCAGCCUGUGACUUCUCGUGGCAUUGCAACAUCUCACGUAGUUCAGGAUGCUGCUGGUACUCAGAGCUUGUUACAGAAAUUGCAGAGUCAGUCAGGGUCGAUGACUAAAAUGGAUCCCAGUGCAACAGGAUCUGUGAACUCAACGGCUUCUGUGUUCAGCAGGACUCCUGCUGCUGUUGGAGCACCAGCAGCACAGAUGAAUAAUGUGACCCAGCCACCUUUGGUAUAUUUCAAUGGUUCCCUGCCAGGUCAGACUUUAGAGUCUCAGACGCUUGGUAAAGAACAGUCCAAACUUCCUAGACAGCCAGUUUCUCUCUCUGGCAAUCAGACAGCCAAUUCUGGGGUGAUAUCACCUCAGGAGUUAUUGAAGAAGCUCCAGAUCGUGCAACAAGAACAGUUGCAUGUAUCCAGCAGACCAACCUUGGCAGCUAAGUUUCCUGUUGUUACUCAGAACACCAACACCUUGAAACCACUGGAUUCCUGGAUAGAAAAGGCACCGGGUACGGAAAAGCAGAGCUCUCUCUUCCAGGUAAUCUCACCUCAGCGCAUUCCUGCCACUGUGACUCCUACCUUAUUGAUGUCCCCGAUGGUGUUCACUCAGCCCACACCUGCUGCACCAAAAGCCAAUGAAAGUGGGCUGUUAGCAGCAUCAAACCAAGAACCUGCUGCCAGCUCUGCUAACCUUCUCCUACCACUGCAAACCCCAGAGCCACCUGUGAUCACCAGCAGCUCAGUGACAAAAAUGCAGCUGCAGGAAACACUUCUACACCUGAUCCAGAACGACGACAACUUCUUAAACAUUAUUUAUGAAGCGUAUCUCUUCAGUGUGAGAAAGGCAGCAAUGAAGAAAUCCAUGUGAAAGAUGUUUUGGUGGUUUAAAAAAAAAAA